CUCACUUGCACCAAAAACUCCCUUUUCUUUCCUCCUCUCACUCUUUCUCUCCUCUUCCUCAAAACCCUCAUUUCUCUUAUGGAUAUCAAUCAAACCCAUCUCUGGAAUAAUAUCAUCCACCACCCACCACCACAAAUUGAUCAAUCCCAACAUCAAACCUCAACAAACUUCCCUUCUUCCUUCCACCACCACCACCCUCACUUACAAUUCAACCAUUUCCCAUCUCCAAACUUUCUCAGCAACCAAACAGAAAACCAAGUCGAAUCCACUCACGACACUAAACAACAACAACAACACAACCACUACUCACAAUUGGAUCCUUUCACCUCUCCAAGCUUCCUCCGGAGCCAAACAAAGAAGCAAAUCGAUUCGACCCACGACCCUAUGCAACUUCUCCGUUUGGAAAACCAAGAUCCGUCGCUAAAGGAACGCAACGAAGCACGAGAAGGCCUCGAAGAUGGUGAUCAUGAUAACGAUGAGGCUGAGGAGGAGGAGGAGUUGGGAGCCAUGAAGGAGAUGAUGUACAGGAUGGCGGCGAUGCAGCCCGUGGAGAUCGACCCGGCCUCGGUUCGAAGGCCGAGGAGGAGGAACGUUCGGAUCAGCGACGACCCUCAGAGUGUCGCUGCCCGACGCCGCCGCGAGAGGAUCAGCGAGAAGAUUCGGAUCCUCCAGCGGCUGGUCCCCGGAGGGACCAAGCUCGACACGGCAUCCAUGCUCGAGGAGGCCGUGCGGUACGUCAAGUACUUGAAGCGCCAGAUACGCCUCCUCGAAACGACAUCUGAUCACCAUAUUCCUCCUUGUAGUUCGGCAGCAGAUGGUUUGGGAGGAUUUCUUGGGUUCGGGAUUGGUGCUGCCGCUGCCGCCGCCGCAGACGGCGUUCACGUGGGCGGUGGCGGUGAUCAUCAUGGUCUAGUGUGCUUCGGUAGUCAUGAGGUUGAAAAAGCUAGCAAGAGGGAACGAGAAGAACAAAAUUGAAAGGCAGACCCACUUUAUCAUAUCACUGUCACUAUAACUAGCUAUAUAAUAAAUGUUUUUUUUAUCA